AUGUUAAAGUUGUUUGGUAUCACAAACGAGCUUUCAAAUGUCUUGCAAAGAAAAGAUCUUAAUAUUGUGAAUGCCAUGGAAUUAGUUGAUGUUGUCAAAGCUCGGUUGGUCACAAUGAGAGAUAGUGGUUGGGAUAAUUUUUUUGCCGAUGUCCAGGAAUUUUGUGUUGCCAAAUGUAUUCCAAUGCCAAAUAUGAAUGAUGAAAUACCGGUUCGGGGUCGGUCAAGGGCAUCAGGGAUGACAAUCACAAAUCUUCAUCAUUACCGUGCAGAGAUUUUUUAUGUAGCUAUUGACAAAAUAUGUGUUGAGAUGGAUCACCGCUUUAGUGAAGAAAGUAACGUUAUUCUUGAUUGCUUCUCAUGUCUUGACCCCAAAAAUUCUUUCUCCAAGUUUGAUGUUGCUAAGCUUGCUCGUCUUGCUGAUAUUUAUCAUGAAGACUUUUCUGAUGAUGAUCGUGGAACAAUAAGGGAUCAACUUGAAACUUUUGUUCUUCAAGUGAAAAGAAAUGCUUCAUUUUCUACUUGUGAAGAUGUUCAAAGUUUAGCUAUGAAGAUGAUUCAAACUGAGAAACAUUUGGCAGACCAUAGAGUUUAUCAAGAGUUUGAUGACACUUCACUUUUUUUUGGGUAUCUGCGAUGGGAGACGUUAAUGGCUAGUCACUUACUUGAGAGGUGUCUGUGCAAGUUUGGAUAUGUCCAUGACAUCCCACGACCAGUCCAUGCUAUUCCAUAUGAUGGCAUUGAUAGAUGGUUUGUUGGUCACAUUUUGGGGUCUUCAUAUGAAUUAGAGACCAUGCAGUGA